ACUUUAUUCUAUGAAUUACAAAAACAAGGACAGAAACUGAGCUAUAUCAUUAUUAUCCUAUUAUCUUUUUACGAUGACUCUAAAAUGGUGGUCAUCAUAAAGAGUAUUUGUAUUUAGAUAUGGAUUUGUUAAAUGUUACACAUUAACUAUUAUUUAUGUAUAAAAUUUUUUUUUAAAUCCUUUUGUGUAGUUAGUGUAAUUUAUUAGCAGAGUGCCUGUUAUAUUGAUUAAAAAAUGUCGUCAGAUGAUGAAAAACCCCCUGCACCACCAGUUCGUUUGACAUCCAAUAGAAGUACUGAUCUUGUCAAUAGUUCUAUCGCUGUGGAUAGGCCCCUUCCCAAGGAACCUGAAGAUUUGGAUAAGAAAAAGAAAAAUCUUAAAUCAAAAAAGACCCAUAAACUUUCUACAUAUGCUUCUGAUAAACCUAAUAUUUCCUAUCCUACUAACUUUGAACAUACAGUACAUGUUGGAUUUGAUCCUAUUUCUGGAGAAUUUACGGGAAUGCCUGAAGCAUGGUCCCGUUUAUUAAUGAAUUCAAAUAUCAGCAAACAAGAACAGAAGAAUAAUCCACAAGCUGUUUUAGAUGUCCUGAACUGGUAUGAUACGAGUUCCAAAGAGCCUCCUAAUACUAAAUAUAUGACCAAAACUGCCACUACACAUUCUGGUGUUUUUGUAGGUUCAACAUUAAGUAGAGUUUCUAGUUCAAGUCCGAGUAGUACUACACCAACAGAGGGUGAUAUAGGCCCCCAAUCUUAUCAUAGUCCUGCACAUAUUGCAAGUUCCGAAAUUGAAGAUGAAGCUCCACCUCCACCCAUUACAAGUCGGCCCGAGCGUACAAAAAGUAUUUAUACAAAACCAAUUGAAGAAGUUCAGCCCAUUAACACAGGUAAUGGCACGCCUCCACAAGGACUCAGUCCAUCUCAUCUUCCUACCCCAGCACUCGCUAGUACCAAUUCUACUAUUAAUAGUUCACCUUCGGCACCGGUAUUUGAUAAAAAUAAAAAUCAAGCUGGUUCUGAAAUGUCAAGAGCAGCUUCAGAGAAAAGAAAGAAAAAAAUGACUGAUGAAGAAAUAUUAGAAAAAUUGAGAAGUAUAGUAUCUGUUGGAGAUCCAAACCGGAAGUAUACUAAAUUAGACAAAAUUGGACAGGGAGCUUCUGGUACAGUUUAUACAGCAAUAGAAACUGCUACUGGUAUGGAGGUAGCUAUUAAACAAAUGAACCUUUCACAACAGCCUAAGAAAGAAUUGAUAAUAAAUGAAAUAUUAGUAAUGCGAGAAAACAAACAUGGAAAUGUCGUUAAUUAUUUAGACAGUUAUUUAGUGAACGAGGAACUCUGGGUAGUUAUGGAGUAUUUACCUGGUGGAUCAUUGACUGAUGUAGUAACAGAAACAUGCAUGGACGAGGGACAGAUCGCAGCAGUCUGUAGAGAAGUUUUACAAGCCUUGGACUUUCUUCACUCUAAUCAAGUGAUUCACAGGGAUAUCAAGUCUGACAAUAUAUUGCUAGGUCUCGAUGGUUCUGUUAAAUUAACGGAUUUUGGUUUCUGUGCUCAAAUUAGUCCAGAACAAUCGAAGAGAACUACAAUGGUCGGUACACCUUAUUGGAUGGCACCAGAAGUUGUUACUAGAAAGCAAUAUGGGCCUAAGGUCGAUGUAUGGUCGUUAGGGAUAAUGGCGAUAGAAAUGAUAGAGGGAGAGCCUCCUUAUUUAAAUGAAAAUCCACUUAGAGCCCUUUAUCUUAUUGCCACUAAUGGUAAACCUGAUAUUAAAGAAAAAGAAAAAUUAUCAACGGUAUUUCAAGACUUUUUAGACAAUUGUUUGGCAGUUGAAGUGGAUAAAAGGUCAUCAGCUAGGGAUUUAUUAAAGCAUCCAUUUUUAAAGUUGGCGCGCCCACUAGCAAGUCUCACGCCACUAAUUUUAGCAGCCAAAGAUGCCGCCAAACAACACUAGCGGUAAUAUCGAUCUUUAACGAAUGCCCUUGUAACUAUCCCUAUGAUGAACAAUACAAUAAGGGAAAUUUAAUUUUAUAUUUUUGACAUUUAACGGAACUUUAGGCAAAUGUCAUUUCGUUUUCAUUACUAUGUACUAUAGCUUUAUUUAAGCAGUAUUAAUUUGCUUCAAAUGCGAUUUUAAAAUGGGUUAAUCCAUCUAAAAAUAUAAAUUUGUAAUUCUUUUCAUCCCUACUAUAGUAAUUAAUUAAAAAAAAACUAUUGUCUUGUGAUGUUUUACAACACUAUUUUCACAGACUAUGACAUAAUUGUCACUAUAUUCUGUUUGACAUUACUUUUUCAAACGUUCAUCUGAUGAUGAUGAUACUAAUAUAAUAAAUACUGAUGUAUAUUUGAAUCGAUCAUUGUUUAGUUCAGAGAGUCUGGCAAAAGUGGCUUCUGUUUUCGUAGUUAUGUAUUGAAUUUAACGCCUAAUCACUUUGACUUGAGAUCAAUAUAAAGACAAUUACCUCUAACCGACAAUUUAUUUUCAAAACAAAGUUUUAGACAUUUGGCUAGAUUACCAUAAUAAUUUAAGAGAAUGAUACUCUAAGAACAAUACCCCAUGUUACUAGGAAUUGCAAUUUUUUAGACCUUGUAUUAUACAUGUAUAGGUAGUAAUAGUAGUGUCGAUCUUUAUAAUUGAUUAAAAUGUUUUGCAUUUCUAGUAAUAUAGGUUGUAAUAUAUAUUUACAUAUAGUUAAAGUUAUAAAUAAAAGGUGGUCAGACGAAAAUGGAGACGUAUCAACAGGACAUGUAUCAAUAUACUCUAUUAUGUUAUACGAACGCUCCCACUCGACAUAUUUGCUUGGAAUUGGAAUAAUUUGGAAUAUUUUCGAAAGUAUUUUAUGUCUCAUGUUUUAUUUUGCAAUUUUUAUCGAUAAAACACAUAUCAAUCACACUUGUUAGAAGCUCAGUUUUCAGUAAUACGUAAAAGAUAAAUCGUUUUAGUUUAGGAUCCAUAAUUUUGUAUGACAUUUCUCUAUUUUAUAAAGUAACUAAUAAUGAAACGUUUUCAAUGUUUUAUCACUGAAUCAAUUAUUAUUCAACAUUCCCAAUUAACAUGCGGGUAAGUGAAUACAAAUAAUACCAAUAUACAAUAUUUCACUCUUUCAACGUUGCCAAUUUCUACUUAGGUAAUGUCUUAUCAGAGAGGUGGCACUGCUGGGUUUUGCCCAUCAGUUUGUCUUACAACAAAUUUUGUAAAUGUAAAACUGUAGUUGAAAUUUUGUAGCUGUAAGUCAAGUUGAAUUGAUUCCAUUACAAUGAGACCAAUUGAACGAGUUGCUUAAUGAAGUAUCAGAAUAAAUAAUAGAAUUGAAAAAGUAUUUUUUUCAGAUUUUUCUGUGAUAAACAACUGAUUAAUAUAUAGCUAAGUGUUGUCGCUUUUUGAAAAAAUUUUUAGAAAGACUGGUACUGGGAAGCGUACUCCUUUUUCCUAUCCUUUGAAUUAUUUUGACUGAAUCUGAAUCCUGUGAUAUUUUAUUUUACACAAAGACUCGAUGACGUAGAAUUCGUGUUACAGAAUUUACAUGAACGUAGGAAUAUCUGUAAAAUGGAAAAUCUGCUUAUUCCAAUCUCAGUGUAAAUUCCAAUUUGUUAUUUUAACUAGCCAGGAGCGUUCAUCUACAAAUGGUGGUGCUGUUCUUGAUGAUAACAUUUUAUUAUGUGUGGCUACCUUUUGAAUAAGCAUUUAGCAGGUUAAGUUCAACAAAGUAGCAUAAAUACCCAAGUAGUAUCAACCGUGACCUAUUUUAAUAAAAUUACUAAUAAUUUUAUGAAAAAAUGAGAUAACAACAAAUAAAAAUUAUAUUUGAGAUUUGAAACCAGUUUAUGCUUUGAGUUGGGUUUUUUUCUUUCUUAAAAAAUUUGACACAAUCUCAACAAUACUCGACUAAUUACGUUUAUUUAUCAACCUUAUACCUAGAUGGAAUCAUGCAAAUUAGUAUUAGUUUUUGAAAGUAAGCAUUUAAUGAUUUAUUAACAGUAUUAAUAAGAUAUUUGAUUUAUGAGAUAAGUUGUCAAAGUGCCAAGUUGUUGAACUCAUCCAGCGUUGCAUUGACAGGAAACUGUGCCUAAUUUCACUUUAAUUGUAACGUUCUGAGUUUUUUUGCGUCCACUUUUUAAGAUACAAUUUUGUCAUUGAAACAUUCGACUCAUUUUUUUAUAACGCUGUUUUAUCGGGGAUAGUAUUAUAAUUUUUUAUAUAUACUGAAAAAUAUUUAUAUCAAAUGUAAUUUUAGUGGCCAUAAUAAUGUUUUAAACAUUUUUUUUAAAUUUAUGUCAGUGAAUGUAUUGAUGUCCGUACCUUUUGCCCCACCUCAUAAAAACAAGGAAAUUAAAAAUUUUUACAUAUUUCAAACUAAAGUUCAGAUGAUCAGAUAUGCAAAGUUGUAGAGAGACAGAAAUAUUUGUGUUUUAUGGUCAGGACUUAAUAACCCUGUAUCAAUCCUACAAGGGCCGAAAUUUUAUUUUUGCUACUCCUGAAGUUGAUUGUAACAUUUAACAGAAGUUUAAAUAGACAAUUCAAAAAGACACGGUCCUAAAUUGGAAGUUUUUUCUUAAGUUCCAAGAAUGAGUGUAUUUAUAUGUAUAUAACUGCUUCCAUAUAUAUUUUUAAGAAGAUCGCAUAAAUGCUGUUUUUUGUCAACUACACUGAUAUUAUAGAACAGGGUAGAAGCCUUUCAAAAAAAUGAGAAGUGAAAAAAAAAUAAUAUAAAUAAUAAUAAAAUAGAAAGAAAAGUAAAUUACGGGCGAUUUGAGUUCGGGAAGGAAAAGGGUGUGAGUUUUUAAUGGUACAUUUUCGCAAAACUAUAAAUCUUAUGGAAAAAAGUCACAUAACAUGUGAAAUUCCAACAACAAAUUUCUCAAGUUAAUUACUAGUUCACUUUGCAAAAAACUUAGAUAACUGCUAUUCUUUUUACCCUCGAAGAAGAUUAUUGUCAUAACUUUGUACUUUGGAUGGACACUAAAAACAAGACCCGGUCCCAUUUUGGGAGUUUCUUUUCUCUAGUGAUUCUUUCAAAAUUUGACUUAUUUCCUUAUUAAUUACGAUGAAUUCUAAAUCAUUUUUGACGUUUUCAAAUGAUUUUCUUCUGGGAGUUAAAUUUAUUAUCGGACAAAAAAUACGGACUGGACUGAUUACUUAUUAAGCUUUUAGUUUGUGUAUACUUUUAAGCUAUGCUUUUGAUUAUUUAGUUAUUUGCAGAAACUACGAGGCCGUUCAUUUCUAUGUUUUAUUAGACAUAAAUAUAUUCACGAAACUGAAACAUUUUAGUUGGCUAAACAUUUAAAAUUUAAAAUUGAAGACUCAAAAAGCAAGACGUAAGAAUCUGAUUGACUGUUAAGGAAAUAAAAAUCGAUAACUUUGCCUGAACAUGAUUAAUACCAGCUACAUCAGUUUGUUAGCCAUUCAUUCUAAAUACUUGGUUAACAAUUACUUGGUUGAAUUUCCUAAUUUAGAGGAGAUUCAAUGUAAUUUCCUUGGUUAGUUGUACACUGGAGGAGUAGUUGUUAUUAUACUUGAAUGACUUUGAACUGUAACGUUUUCCGUAGAAUCCAAAUGACAUUUUUCAAUUUCAGAAAUCAAAAUCACAAGGAGUUAAAUCAGGGUUGAUAUCAAAAGAUUAACGAACAAGUUUCUUCGAUUUUCAUUUUGUUUAGUUGUGAGGUUCUUCGCCGUUAUUUUGCUACUAAUAAAUUGGAUUUUCUAGUUGAAGUGUUCAAAAACCAUAAGUUUCUUAUCAAAAUCCACAUCAGACAGUGUAAUUGUGAGUGUUUAUGUAGUGGUAGUGUAAACAGUGUGUUCAGUAUUUGGAACUACUGUUUGCAAAUAUUGUAAAAUUUGAUGCAGCUUGAAAGAGCUAAUACACUUUGGACGCGUAGUAUAUUUCAAAUAGCUACCUGCUUUUGCUUUCUAAUCAGCAUGCGUUUGGAUCUGUACACUUUACGCAUAAUUCUUAAUUCCUAAACGCAUAAUGUGUAACCAUUUCUUAAAAACUCUAUUCUCUCAAGAGCUCUAACAUUUCAACGUUUUUUUGGAACAUACAACACUAUUUACUAAGAAAUUUCGAAAAUGGAACAUAAUGUGAAAUUUCGUGAAUGUAUUUACGAAUUAAGUAACUAUAAAAAAAUUGACAAAGGAAUAUUAUUUUUGAAGCCUUUAUAUAUAUUCUAUUUGCUUUGAAAAAAUGCUUGUGUGUUAAUUUCGACAGAUUUGUCGCUUGCUCAAAAAUUUAUUAUUAUUUAAAUGAUAACGAACGUAUUGUUGUUAUUAUAUACUUUCACCCCGCUGAGAAUACCGGUGCAGAAAAGAAAAUUUUCGCAUCUACUAUUAUUGUAUUUUAUUCUUUCUGUACUUGUUUUAUUUUGCUGAUUGGUAUUAAAUUAUUAUUUUUCUUAUACGAUGUAGCGAAUGAAUCUAUUUUUCUUUUAGAUAAAUGUACUAUAUUGAAGUAAUUUACAUAAUAAUCGUUUUUCUUUUCAAAUUUUUUAGAAAUAAACAAAUAUAUUACAUUUUAACGUGCAUAAACCGGAACCGCAAGGUCAUGAUUACAUUUAUCUUGAAACAAAGUUGUUUUGUACUCAUAUAUAAUUCAAUUUUUGUUACUAUCAUUUAUUUAAUGAAAUCUCGAGAUGUCAUUGUAGAAAAAUCUUUGAUUGCCAUUAAUUAAUGACUGUUCUCUUGUUGACAUGUUUUUUUUGUGUUUUAUACAUUCCAUUGAUUCAACUUCUUUCUUAGUGUGUGUCAUUUUCCCUUUUGUUGUUCAUUUGUUAAGAUUCACAUUUUAUAUGUAUAUGUCAUUAUUUCAUAUUUUAAACACAUUUAACUCUGUUCAUUUUGAAGAAAUUUUACAAUUUUCAACAAACCACAAAUCAAUCUAUAGAAUUGGUGCAUUGUCUAUGAGUAAGAGCACGUUACCCGUUGAACCCGUUUUGUUUUGUUGGCUUUUUUCACAUGUGGGAUAAAAACGUUCAGUCACAAAAAACACAAAAAAUUUCAUCCUGGAAUUUUUUUGGUUUUUGUAUAAAACAGGAAGCUUGCUUAUGCGCUCAAAAUAUCUAGACCGCUUUGCUUUCCCAGUAAUAAGCAGCGAGAGCCUGUGAUCACCAGUAGAGUUAGCGUAAACCAUGGUUGUAAUACGGGAUUUGCUUUGUACCCAGGCGCUGCAAUUUCCAAAAGGGAAACAAGGAACUUGGUUGGUAGCUUUUUUCAAUUGAGACCUGUUUCGUUCGUAUUGUAAAAGUUCUUGGGUUCAAAACCUUUGCUUUGCUUAAUUUCUACUAUUCAUAUCAAACAUAAUUUAUUAGUCUAAGGUCACAUGUAAAAAUUGAUUUAAUAUUAAAUAUAAAGAGAUAAAAGUGAUAUAAAAUAAUGAGAAAAUCACCUGUCCAAACAUGAACCACAAAUGUAUUUCUUUUUGUUCUUGGACCCUGAGCAGAGGUCAUGAGACCACGAAGCAUAUUCCGUUCAUUUCACCCGCUUUUUGCUGCGUCGAUCUUGAGACAAGUUUUAUGUUUCAUAUAGGGCACUCUUCAUUUUCUUCAGUAUUGGUGGAUGUUUCUGUUUUAACCGUUUUUACCUUUGAUACUUUGAUAUCCUUUUUUCCCUGAGACUCCCGAACUUUUAUUUUAUGAGGUGUACCCGUAAUGUCUUUUGGACCAACAGUGGUCUUCUCAAUCUGUUUGCUGGUUGAGAUUUGUUCCAAUGGAGUUGAGUCCUUGGAAGAGCUGUCUAAAAUCUUCAGGGCCAAACACCUUUUUUAAAGCUGUUUACUGCAGUUUUUUCAACUGCUGCUCGUUCGUAGGCUUAAUUAAGCUAUCUGCAUGUUCGUAACUGCCCUACCAGGUUGGUUACAGAGCCAAUUUUCUAUCGCCGGAGCAUAGAAUGUCUUCAAGGGUGUUGAAUGUGGUGGCAAGCACAAGAUCGAACAACUCUGAGAAACUUAGAGGGACGAUAUAUGGGUCCUUUACCUUAUACACACUAUUUUUUUGCUUUUCUUUUGAUUCUACUUUCAUUAUUUUUUUAUGACAUUACCCGUUUAACUGUGACUUAAGUUUUGGCUUUAUUUUAUCAUUUUCUACUGCAUAUAUAGGUGAAGUGUUUUUUUUUCAAGCUUUUUUCGUUAUUAUAUCAUUAAUUUGCUUCGUUUACUUUGCUGCACUUCUCAUUCUGACCCAUAUACUUUUUAUUUUCUUUAACGUUGAUCUCGUUGAGUUCCCAUUUUGUCUAAUGUUCUGCGCCAUUUUUUGCAAAGUAAACAAUUUUGACAAAAAGCUGGAUCUUCUUUUUAUAAAUUUCAAUAAUCGUUUUUAAACAUAAAAUUAAUUACAAAACAAGUUUAUCUCGAGAUUUUAUCUAAUUUACAUGAAUAUGAAUGAAUUAAAAUAUAUAUAAAUGAGUUAUUUAAAUAAUUUGUGUAAAGUUCAUUAAUUCAAACGCGGAAUUUGAAAAAAAAAUAUAUAGUAUGAUUGAUAGAAUGGCUGUAUAAUUACUAUAGGUAUUUUUGCACUAGUAUUUAUGAUAAAAAAAUGUGAUUGCGUAGAUAUAUUGUUGCCAAUAAAAGAUAUAGCGAGUGGAUAAUAAAUCAUUUUUUAAGUA